CGUUGUAAGUAUCGUAAGCUAAAUCUUUCGAAAAUUUCGCAUUAAUAUGCAUGAGGGAAACGAUUAAUCUACUCCUUAUAAAUUGGAUAAUUUAUCUUCGCUCACACGAAAUGCAUACAUGCUGCGCGUCCAUCGCGAUGAAAACUAUCCGAAAGUCGAUCUCCGCACUACAUAAUUUCGAUGAACGACAAUCGUGGGGUCCCCCCGAGACAUCUCGACGGAAUCAGGUCAUCAGAAACAGAGGUGUAUAAUGCGCGGGAGUGGGGGGUCAAGUGCACGUCGGACGCCGUGUAUAUAGAGAUCACAUCAUUACACAUCCUGGUAGUCCGCUCCUUAAUGUCAUUAAGCUCGCAUCACUUUCGACAAUGGCAGCUCACCAUUGUUUCACCAUCGGUGUCCUCUUCCUGGGGACACUAUCGACAGUGAGAGCGAUUUCCGUCCCGUAUGAGGACAUCCACCUGGAGUAUCCUACCGCUGCGAGAUUCAUCUAUACGGCGUCCGAAUUCGAUUCUGAUUUCGAUGGAUAUUCCUAUUCGACUGAGGAUCUCAAUGGCGGCGGCAGUAACGUUGUCUUUGCAACCGGUGCGGAUUCUUUGGGCAAGCUGAAGAAGACAAUGAACUCGAUGUAUAAAACCGAUGCUAUGAUGAAGACACCGGAAAGCUACAUGCAAAGAGACAAGUUGGAUAAUACCCAAAACAACACUCAAAAAAAUCCAAUGUCUCCGGGGCAACAAUCUAAAUCCGAAAUUGAGGCGAACAUGAACAAACAAGAAGAUUUUGUCUUGGACACCGAUGUUUCCGAUGAAGGGGAGAAAAUAUUGAAAAAUCCGGAAGCAAACGAUAGCUCAUUUGAACAUCAAGCUCCUCAAGAAGUUCCUUUUAUGCCUUAUCCGGCGUUCCGUGCAAAUUUCUUAAAUUUGCAACUUCCAGUGGUGCUUCCCAGAUAUCAUAUACCAUCGGAUGUCAUACAGGACCAAUAUUAUCCUCACAGUCCCUAUACUGAUUUACAAUUUCCUUUGCAUGAUUUUGACUUUUACAAUCCCUCUGCGCCAUUAUUUUAUCAGACUCCCAUCACAGCCAAUCCAGUUCCUAUUAAUGUUUUGAACCAUGCAUCAGCAGCUGUUAAAGACACAACAGUGCCUGCGAAAGCAAGUACUGUUGAAAGUUCAAGGACAACAACCCAAUCUGCUAACUCUGUAGAAUCCAAUAUGAUAGAAUUAAAAUCCAAUUUUGAGUCAACGGUAAAUCAAGUUGAAGAAACAUCUUCCAGUGAAUCUACUUCCAACACAGUUGAAACCAUGACUGCGUCUAAGGUAAUCGACGAAGAAAUGACAACCGAGUCUGCAAAGUCUACAGUAAAAUCUAGGAAAUGUGAUGAUCAAAUUGUAAAUGAUAAAGUAAGCAGUACUGAGUCUGCGAACACAAAAGUAAGUACUUCAACAAAGGAAUCAAGCACCGAAACAUCUGCAAUGUCCACAAAUGAAAUGUAAACUCAGAUAUUGUGUUUUAUCCUGCUGCGUUAUCAUAAAUGAUGAUGAGAAUUUGUAACAUGAUGCAAAAAACUGCUUGCUACAAUAAUGUAAAUAAUAUUUGAAUCAUGUAAAAAUAAAUUUUUUGAUAUUUU